AUGAGUCUCUCUGUGGCACAAGGAUUCACCAAGUCUCUCGCUAUGACUGUGCUAUCGGAGAUCGGAGACAAGACGUUUUUUGCUGCUGCGAUCUUGGCAAUGCGUCACCCUCGGAGACUCGUAUUGACAGGAUGUUUGGCAUCUUUGAUCGUGAUGACUAUUCUAUCUGCUCUUGUUGGCUGGGCUGCUCCGAAUCUGUCUUAUUCUAUUUCACCUGACAGGGAGGAUGAAGAAUUUGCUGAAGUUGAAGCAAAAUUGGAUGCUGAUCUGAAAGCUAAUACUGGAACAGCCAAAGAGAAUAACAAGGUUGAUGAUGAUUUGAAAAAGCAGAGGCGGCCAAUCCUCACUCACUUCUUCUCACCCAUCUUUUUGAAGGCAUUUUGCAUUACUUUCUUUGGUGAAUGGGGUGACAGGAGCCAGCUAGCUACCAUUGGGUUGGCAGCAGAUGAGAAUCCGUUCGGUGUUGUUCUUGGUGGAAUCUUAGGGCAAGCUUUGUGUACUACGGCUGCAGUCCUGGGAGGAAAGAGAUUGGCAACUCAGAUAUCUGAGAGAAUAGUUGCUCUCUCAGGUGGAGUUCUUUUCAUCGUUUUUGGGGUCCAGUCCUUCCUUUCUACCGUUGAAUCAUGA